AAGCAGCUCUGGCUUUAGCAAAAGAAAAGUUUGGCCGUGUGGAUGUGGCAGUCAAUUGUGCAGGCAUUGCGGUGGCCCUCAAGACAUACAACUUAAAGAGGAACCAGGCCCAUACCUUGGAGGACUUCCAACGAGUUAUCAAUGUGAAUCUCAUAGGAACCUUCAAUGUGAUCCGCCUUGUGGCUGGUGAGAUGGGCCAGAAUGAACCAGACCAGGAAGGCCAACGUGGGAUCAUCAUUAACACCGCCAGCGUGGCUGCUUAUGAGGGCCAGGUUGGACAAGCUGCAUACUCUGCUUCCAAGGGGGGCAUAGUGGGCAUGACACUGCCCAUUGCUCGGGAUUUGGCUCCCAUGGGCAUCCGGGUGAUAACCAUUGCUCCAGGUCUGUUUGGCACCCCACUGCUGACCAGCCUCCCAGAGAAAGUGCGCAACUUCCUGGCCAGCCAGGUGCCCUUCCCCAGCCGACUGGGCCACCCUGCUGAGUAUGCUCAUCUGGUACAGUCCAUCAUCGAGAACCCAUUCAUCAAUGGAGAGGUCAUCCGGCUGGAUGGGGCCAUCCGCAUGCAGCCUUGAAGGGAGGGGGCAGACGAAACACACUCUCUUCCACCCGUCCUUCCCCUGGCAUACUAUACUCCAGCUUGGGAGGAAGCCUGGUAGCCAUUUUGUAACUCUGCCCACUAAUCACCUUCUGUGCCUAAUAAAGUCUAUUUCUUACAGGAA